GUUAAAUUCAACGCUGACUUGCGAUUUGAAUUCAGACCGCAAUUUGCUAUUCCGGUGGAACAACGUUGAUCGUCUAAAUAACGCGAACCCUGACAUCACACUCACAGCAAAACAUGUCACUCGAUGAGAAAUUCAAUGCCGCUGCUGAGAAGGUAAAAACCUUUACCAAACGCCCCACCGAUGAGGAGUUGCUGCAGUUGUAUGCGCUCUUUAAACAGGCCACCGUCGGUGACAACAACACAUCCAAGCCAGGUAUGCUGGACUUAAAGGGCAAGGCCAAAUGGGAAUGGUGGAAUAAGCAGAAAGGCAAGUCGCAGAAUGUCGCCAAACAGGAGUAUAUCGAAUACGUGGAGAAGUUGUCAGCAUCGUAUCUGUGAUCAAGUAGACGGCGCUUGGUUGGUUUUUUUUUUGUUGUAAUUUUCUUUUAUUUUAAUCUAAGUAAACUUUUUCUACAAAAUUUUUUAAAAAUAUAAUUAGUCUUAGGCAAGCCUUUUAAAACUUAAGAUUCGGCUCAAAUUCGGAAAAUUUAAAACAUCAGCUAAUCUUAUGGAACUAAAUAAAUAUGAAUUUUGUUAUUUA